GUAGAUGGUAUGAUUUUGCUAUUUCUCAUGAAUAUAGUGGUCAAAACAAGCUAGAAAUGCUCGCUGAAUUUUUAUGUCGUGAGGUUGAGAUUCAGGCUAAAUUUGGUGUCACGGAUUACUUUAGUUUUAACACAACUUCCAAUAUUGACAGGCAUAAAAAACCGGAACAUGUAAAUGCCGCAGAAAUAUAUGAUUUGCUGGAGCAGUCAUCACAAACAUCCGAGACGGGUUCCUGUAUUGAAACAUCUUUUACAACGGCUGAAAAUUCAUUAAAAAAUUCAUCAAAACAAAUUUGUACAUAUUGUAAAGGAUUUCACGCAUUAGUCAAUUGUAAUAAGUUUUUGGCAUUGACAGUUCAUAAUAAAUGGCAUUUCGUUAAAGAAAAUAAAUUAUGCCAGAAAUGUUUAAAAAGAGGUUCACAUAAUUAUAAUACUUGUCGUACUAAAGGACUUUGCAAUAAAGCCGGUUGCACACAUAAACAUCACAAGUUACUUCAUAAUCCAAAUUUUAUUAAUUCAGCAGCUAAUAUACAGGUAUCUGAAGAGUCAAGUCGGCCAAUGUCACAUGCAGGUAAUGGUAAUGCAGAGCAGUCUCCGUCGGAAUUGGUAACACAGACGUCUUCUGUUAGUACCACUACUUCUUGUAGGCCAUUACUAAAGGUUGUCGCUGUCACAGUAUCUGGUCCCGCGGGUUCUGUUGAUACUUUCGCGUUACUGGAUGACGGGUCCACGGCUACCUUCAUUGACUCAGAAAUUACCUCUCAGAUUGGAGUAACGGGUACAGUAGAACAAAUUGAACUGCAGUGUGUUGGUGGCUUAUCAAAACAGUCGCAAGUCGAGUAUGUUGACUUUCAAAUAAAAGGAAAGAGAUCUGCUGAUUCCUUUGUCAUCAAACAAGCUAGAUCUAUUAGUAACCUCGGACUGGCGAAUCGAAAUGUCAAUAAGAGUGAUGUUCUUGCAUUUCCAUAUUUGUUAGAUAUAGCUGACGAAUUAUGUUAUAAUGCCAAACCUACCAUUAUAAUCGGUAUAGAUAAUUGGAAUUUGUCUGUUCCCAUGGCAGUAAGACAGGGAACUAGUUCUCAACCUGUUGCCAUUCUUACGGUACUAGGGUGGGUUCUUUUCGGGUUUGUAGCGAAUAGAACAAAUGCUGUUCAUUUUGUAAAUAAUGUAUGUGAUUACGAUUUAGGUAGUGACAAGUUACGAGUUGUCAAUAAUGCAGUCGCCAAAUUAGGAGUUAGUUCAAAUAAGUUACCUUUGCGUGAACCAGAUUUCUUGAAAUCUUUUCUUAAUAUUGUAAAUCGUUUUUACGAGGAGAGUGUCAUAAUUAACGAUGACAUUAAAGCAAUAUAUCCUCAGGUUAAAAUCCACAACGUAUAUUGUGAUGCGCAACGUUUUACUUGGAGAGACAGUUCUAAAGAACCAUUGAAAACAUAUCUUAUGUCUUCAAUGAUAUAUGGCGCUGCAUCGAGUCCGUUCACGGAUUUGUUAAUUAAUAAUAAAUCUCGUUAUAAGUUUCCUAGAGUCACACACGUCAUCUUUCAUGAUCAUUAUAUAGACAACUACAUUACGAGUAGGUAUAGAGUCUGUUAA